GCAGAAUAGCUGUUGUUCCGGUGGCCUUGGCUCGUGGUGGUUAGCUCGGAGCUAAAGCUAAAAACACUGAGUCAAAAUAUGUAAAAUCCGGAGAGCUCUGGACUGCGGCAGCUGAAGACAUAUUUGCGCUGUUUGAAAGAACCAUAGCGGAGUAUGAGGAGGAACUGUGUCGCUCCAAAGAGGAGAACCAGAGGAACCAGGAGCUGCUGGAGGCUCUGAGCCCGAGAGUCGUGCUGCUCAGAGCGGGUGUCCAGAUGCCCUCCCUGAGUCCUGGUUCCGACCUGGACCAGGAAAUCCCAGGGACUCCACAGAUUAAAGAGGAGCCAGAGGAACAGAGCGUCAAACAGGAGGAGGAGCAGCUGCCAGUGUGUGUCCCAGAGUCCAGUGUUGUCUGUGUGAAGACAGAAGACUCCUCACUGCUUCAAAAAAGACAACCUGAACCCAAAGAGGAAACACGGGGAGAAGACAUCAGCACAGAGCCACAUUUACACUCAGAGACUGAGGGACACGCGGUGCACUGCUCUUACACUGACAAUGAGGACGACUGGACAGCUCCUUUCAGCUGUUCAGCUGCACAGAUGGAGACAGAGGCUGAUGGAGACCACUACAAUCAAGUCCAGAUCAGAGCCACAAGCUCCACUGCACCAAACUCCGGUGUCCAGAUGCCCUCCCUGAAUCCUGGUCCAGGUCUGAAGCAGGAAAUCCCAGAGACUCAACAGAAUAAAGAGGAGCCAGGGGAACAGGGCAUCAAACAGGAGGAGGAGCAGCUGCCAGUAUGUGUCCCAGAAUCCAGUGCUGUCUGUGUGAAGACAGAAGAAUCCUCACUUCUUCAACAAAGACAACCUGAACUUAGAGAGGAAACACAGGGAGAAGACAUCAGCACAAAGCCACAUUUACACUCAGAGACUGAGGGAUACACAGAGCACUGCUCUCACACUGACAAUGAUGAAGACUGGACAGCUCCUUUCAGCUGUUCAGAUGAUGAAGACCACUACAACCAAGUCCAGAUCAGAGCCACAAGCUCCACUGCACCAAACUCAGGUCUAUCCCCCAAAUACAAGUCUGCACCAGAGACCAGUGUCACUGUGAACUACGGGGAUAUGUCAGGAACAGCCGAUGGAGCUGAGGACAAGAAACACCAGUGUCCUUUUUGUAGUAAGACUUUAGUGAGAAAAGAUGGUUUAGAAAGACACAUGAGAAUUCACACAGGCGAGAAACCUUUCAGCUGUUCAGUUUGUCAGAAAACAUUUGCUCGUAAAUAUAAUCUAGAUGCACAUAGAAGAGUCCAUACAGGAGAGAAACCAUUCAGCUGUUCAGUCUGUGAGAAGUCAUUUACUGAAUUGUCUUCAUUAAGGUACCACAGAUUAACACAUACAGAUGAGAGACCUUUCAGCUGUUCAGUAUGUAAAAAAAACCUUUUCCAACAAAUGUACUCUAAAAGUCCAUCAGCGAAUACACACCGGUGAGAAACCUUACAGCUGUUCAAUCUGUGGGAAGUCAUUUUCCCAAUUGACUGCAUUAAAUUAUCACAGAAAAACACACUCAAAGACCUUUCAGCUGUUCAAAGUGUAAAAAAGGGGUUUAUGAACCGUGGGGCUUUAAAAGACUGUAUAUAUAAAUGGACAGAGAUAACCUGCUAGCAUAGACUGUUUAUAUAAAUGGACAUGGCUAACUGCUAGGCGCUGCGUUCCAAACAGGAAGUGAUCAUGGGUGCACUUCCAGCUCCAUCGACUCUGGCUCCAAUUCACUUUCUGUGUAAAAACUGUGUCCUCUCUCUGUAACUGCUACUGUCAGACUCAUCAUUUUGGUCUUAAAUGUUCAUAUAAACCCGCACUUCAUAAUCCUUGGGUUUUUAUUUCACUAUUGUGUCUGUAAAUCAAGUUAUGAACAUUAAUAACAGACAAAUCAGUUGCCUUCUUUCCCCGAGGUCACUCCUGCUAGCGUUAACAACAGGUUUGAUUGACAGCAUUGCGAUGUGCCCGUUCCCUGCCAAACCAGUGGUGUGGGCGGGAAGGGGCGUUACCAUCAACAGCCUCUCUCCUGAUUGGUUCUUUGGUUGCUAUGAUACUCACGGUCCGAAUUCCAAAUAUGAAACUCUGUUCCAAAUUGCCCCCUAAAACCGCUAGCUUCAUUUGGAACUGAAUACUGUGGGCGACGUCACACUCAGUCACUUCUUUAUACAGUCUGAUGAAAACACACGGGGUAAAAAACAUUCAGCUGUUUACAGGCAGAUGUUCUCUUAUAUAUUAGAGUUAGUCACACAGAGCAUAUUAAUGUGUGUGUUUGGGUCAGAGAGUGGACAGAAGGAAUUGUUCUUAUUGCUGACUGAAUGUAAUUGCCUUGUAUAAUUUCUUUCUGUAAAUCGGGGGCUGCAGGUGGAAAGUGUCUCUUAAUCUGGUGAAGAUCAUCUCUGUUUUUAUGAGUUUAAUGUCUCUGGAUAUUGUCCCUUCAAAUGAACACUAAACAACUAAAAGUGUUCAGAGUGUGAAGGACUAAAGGGGAGAGUGAGGAGGGGCGGGGUCUGGAGGAGUAAAGGGGAGAGUCUGAGGGGAGGAGGAGGGGCGGGGUCCUGACGGUAAUCAGGGCAGUGUUGUGAAAUGUCACCAACUACCUAUCAUCAUUAUCAUCUGAGGUGAAGUAUGGAGUGUGCUGUAAAAUGUAAGUCCUCACAUUUCACUGUAAACUGCUGCCCCCCAUUUGGAUGUUUCUAUUAAAACAGCCUGUGGUUUAAUGG